GUUAGCUUGGGGUAGAAGAUGCUACGAUAAUCCAACAUCACGCUUUUGUACGGCUACGAAAUCGACAAUGUCCUCCAAACGGAAACUCGGCUCGCUGGGCCUUGAGAGACGGGUAAAAGCCCGGCGCGAGGAAGACUGGGAACCGGAAUUGAGUGCCAGCGAAGAGGACGAUUCAGGAGAAGAAGUAUCUGAAGAAGGAGAUGACAGCGGUGAUGAGGGUGAGGAUUUGGAGGAAGCAGAGUCUGGUUCAGAGUCUGAAGAAGCCGAGGAAGAUGCCCCAAAGGUCGACUUCUCAGCAAUCUCCUUCGGCGCAUUAGCCCGCGCAGCAGCCAGCUUGCCCCCCUCUGAGAAGAAGAAAAAGAACAAGGCGGAUGCUUCCAAAGACGAUGAGCCUACAGAACGCACAACCAAGGAAUCACUAAGACGAGAGCCGAAAAAAUCAUCAAGUCGGGUAGAUGCAUCGAAGCGAAGCUCCAAACACGCGCCGCAGGAAAUGACGUCCAAGAAGCCCGUCAGCAGGCGCCGCGAAAUCCUCGCCGAUCCGCGCCGCAAGACUCGCGACCCGCGGUUCGACAAUCUUUCGGGACAGGUAGACGAGGCCAAGGUUGCCCGGAACUAUGCCUUCCUGGACGAGUACCGCGAGAGCGAGAUGGCAGAGCUACGCAUGCAGAUCAAGAAGACCAAGGACGUCACAAUCAAGGAGGAUUUGAAGCGACAGCUACUAUCUAUGGAAUCUAAGAAGAAGGCCCGCCAGAAGAAGGAGGAGGAAGUAAAGAUACUGCAGGAGCACCGAAAGAAAGAAAAGGAGCUAGUGGCACAGGGCAAGCAGCCGUUCUACCUGCGCAAGAGCGAGCAGAAGAAGCAGGUGCUGAUGAACAGAUAUGCAAACAUGAGCAAGUCGCAAGUCGACAAGGCGAUUGAGCGUAAGCGGAAGAAGGUGGUGGGUAAGGAAAAGAAAGAAUUGGCUUCGCUGGAGAGGAAGUCGAGGCGUCAUUAGAGUCUCUCUCCAUCUUUUAAUGUUAUGAGUUAUAACAGAACGCGGAGCAGAAAUCCCUGUAAUUACUUGCUUCUUUUCGCCCCCUAUCGAAGUGGACGAUGCCGAGAUGAACAAUUUUGCCUGCAACUCUCAUUCAGUUGUUCCUUUGACUUGAGAAUAAACAAGGUUGACU